CCAGCAAAUUUUCCCUGGUCAUCUUUUCCCGCGAUCUUACCGUCAAACUUGUCUUCAUUUUUUGUCAACUAAUUCAUAACACACAAGGAUCGAUUUGAAGCAGUCAAUUCACAAUGGCCGAUACCGUAGGAAAAACUAUCACUUGCAAAGCGGCGGUGGCUUGGGAGGCCGCCAAACCAUUGUCGAUUGAAGACAUCGAGGUGGCCCCGCCCAAAGCCCACGAAGUUCGGAUUCAAAUCUACUACACCGGUGUUUGUCAUACAGAUGCGUACACUCUUUCCGGCAAGGAUCCCGAAGGCGCAUUCCCAGUCGUUCUCGGACAUGAAGGUGCAGGUAUCGUGGAAUCAGUUGGCGAAGGCGUCACUUCCGUGAAGCCAGGCGACCACGUCGUCGCUCUUUACACCCCAGAGUGCCGGGAAUGCAAGUUCUGCAAAUCUGGAAAGACCAACCUUUGCGGUAAGAUCAGAGCCACUCAAGGCAAAGGCGUCAUGCCCGAUGGAACUAGCCGGUUCAAAUGCCGUGGAAAGGACCUAUUACACUUCAUGGGCACGUCCACGUUUUCUCAAUACACCGUUGUCGCCGAUAUCUCCGUCGUGGCCGUCACCGACAAGGCUCCCAUGGAUCGCACGUGCCUUUUGGGCUGUGGUAUCACCACAGGCUAUGGCGCCGCGGUUGUGACGGCCAAGGUUGAAGAGGGCUCUACCGUUGCCGUGUUCGGCGCCGGAUGCGUCGGUCUCUCCGUGAUCCAGGGCGCCGUGAAGAACAAAGCCGGCAAGAUCAUCGUUGUGGAUGUCAACGACAGCAAAGAAUCGUGGUCUCGAAAGUUCGGUGCCACCGACUUCGUCAAUCCUACCAAGCUGGGCAACAAGAGCAUCCAGGAGCACCUCAUUGAGAUGACGGAUGGCGGGUGUGACUACACGUUCGACUGCACUGGCAACGUUGGCGUCAUGCGCGCCGCUCUCGAGGCAUGCCACAAGGGAUGGGGUCAGAGUAUCGUCAUCGGCGUUGCGGCUGCCGGACAAGAGAUCUCCACCAGACCAUUCCAACUCGUCACGGGCCGUGUAUGGAAAGGUUGCGCUUUUGGUGGUAUCAAGGGCCGCUCGCAGCUCCCCGACCUCGUCGACGAUUACCUCAAGGGUGAUCUCAAAGUUGACGAAUUUAUCACCCACCGCGAACCGUUGGCCAACAUCAACGCCGCUUUUGAGCAAAUGAAGGCUGGAGACUGCAUUCGAUGCGUGGUGGAUACAAGGACUUGAACAAAAAAAACAGAAACAACGGUGCCAAAAUUGCCCGUAAAAUUUUUUGGGGAUUCGUGAACCCCGGAGUGUUCAAUACAUAUAUGUAUGUAUAUAUCACUGUGUACAUAUAAUACACUAGCUGCUCUUGUCAGAUAUCAUCAUAUCAACUAAGGUAGCUCUGAUGCGCGGCAAAU